UUUUUAUUUUAUACAAGCUGACUGGAAAUUUCCCACAGAGAAGUUGUCCAGCAUCUACACAGAGAGCUACUGAUGGGAGAUCAAAACAUUAUUACAGAAGUCCCUGCAGCUUUAAAACGCCUGGCCAAGUACAUGGUGCAUGGCUUCUAUGGGGCUGAGUACUCGUUGGCCCUUGAUGUGUUGAUCAGAUACCCCUGUGUGAAGGAAGAUGCCUUGUUGCAGCUACUCAAGUAUGAACGCAAACAGCUGCGCACCAUCCUCAACACACUCAAGGCAGAUAAGUUCAUCAAAUUGUGCAUGAGAGUUGAAACCGGGCCGAAAGGGAAGAGUACAAGGCACAAUUACUACAUAGAAGCAGACGAGUGGGAUUCUACCACUAGUUCCUCUUUCAAGUGUCCAUCUUGCUUCAACACUUACACAGACCUGGAGGUAAAUCAGCUGUUUGACACAUUCACAGAGACUUUUCGUUGCACCUACUGCAAUGCUGAAGUUGAGGAAGAUGGCUCAGCACUUCCCAAACGAGAUGCUGGAACCUUGCUAGCAAAAUUCAAUGAGCAGAUUAAGCCUAUCUAUGCGCUUCUACAGGAAACUGAAGAUGUUGUUCUGCCAUAUGAUUUGCUUGAGCCUCCGCCAACAGAAAUCCCAGAACUAUCAGAAAGCUUUGAUCAGAACAUCUAUUCAAAUGUGUUGGACAUCAAUAUCCAUCCCGAAAAAUGGGCCAACAAGUACUCAUCUGUCAGUGACAUGUAUGUCCAGAACUUAGUUAUUGAUGUCCAGGAUUCUGAACCUAAAAAAGAAAAAGAAAAGGUAGCCAAAGAACAACCGAUAUGGAUGUCCCAGAGUACUGUAGAAGAAGCAUCUUCAGCAGUUGAUCCCAAUGCUGAAAUACCUAAAACUGAUGCGAACGUUAAGGAAAGCGUCACUGAUAAUGAAGUAAUAAAGACUUUUCUCAUCCAUGAAUCAAAGUCAUCUUCUGGAACAAGGCAUGUGCCACCUCUUGCCCAAAGCAAAUGCCACGAGUCAGAAAGUGACACCAGUGAAUCUGAGGAGGAUACUAAGCAUGUCAAACCAGGAAAAGUGGUAGGCAGUGACUUAGAACAAGAGGAGCAGGAAACUGUGGAUCCUACUGUAAUGGUAUCUGGACAGCCCCACUUAUAUAGCGAAGUCAGUGAAAAUCCAGAGCUAGUGUCAUUUAUGACAGGGGAAGAGAGAGAAGCUUAUAUCAAAGUGGGACAGGAAAUGUUCCAGUCUGUCUUUGAAUAG